CAGUUUCAGUACGGUAAUUUCAAUUCCCACCUUAGCUUGGAAUGAGGAUAUUGUCAACACUCAUCAUCACUCUUGCAUUUGUGCUUCACAGCACUCUUUCUGUAGAUGACAAAUUUGCUCAACUUUCUGAUGACAAAAAACAAGAACUGGAGCAGGCCUUCAGUCGUUCUGAUGUCCUCUUGGUGCACGAAAAAUUAGCGCAAAUACGGCAGAAAACGAUGCAGCUGUUACAGCAGGAAGAUACUGAUUCGAGGCUGCCACAACAGCGAAUAUCAAAUAGGAUCUUGGCUUACAAAGAUACGGUAUUCAAGAGGAGCGCGCCAACCGUUAGGCCUAUACACCAAAUUAACAGGGAAUCAAAUUUGAGCGAAUUUCUAUACCAAGCUGACAUGGUUCUAACUCUACCACAAGCUGAGCAAGUUGGUGGAGGAACUGGAGGAAGUUCCACACCUACUAGCCGGCGAAGACGACAAGCUUAUCGAGAUGCCUAUUACCCAAACACGAUCUGGGGUAGCACUGUGUAUUACUACUUCGAUAGAACAGCCACUACUGCGAUAAAGAACGCUUUUCUGGGUGCAACACGGUUUUGGGCAAAUAACACAUGCAUCAGUUUUGAGGAGAAUACACUCAGCCCCAAUAGGAUUCGCGUGUUCAAAGGGCAAGGUUGUUAUUCGUACGUGGGCAGGGUAGGCGGUCAGCAGGAUUUAUCCUUAGGAACCGGAUGCGAAAGUGUUGGGACAGCUGCUCAUGAGCUUGGUCAUGCGCUGGGAUUUUUUCAUUCCCAGUCAAGAGUUGACAGAGACGAUAAUAUAAGGAUAGUAGUUGCUAAUAUACAGCCUGAUUACGUGGACCAGUUUGACAAAGAAACGGCUGCGACAAAUUAUAAUUACGGAAUGCCUUAUGACUACGGGAGUAUAAUGCAAUACGGAGCAACAAGCGCAUCCAACAACGGUAGACCUACCAUGAUGGCAAGAGACGAAGCCUAUCAAGAGACUAUGGGAUCUGAUAUAGUGGCAUUCUACGAUGUUUCUAUGAUGAAUGAGCAUUAUGAUUGCAAAGCAAGAUGUCUAGCAGCAAACACACAAUGCCAAAAUGGAGGCUUUCCCAAUCCGAACAACUGUGACGUAUGCAUCUGUCCGAGCGGUUACGGUGGCACUCUGUGCAAUGAAAGGCCUGAUGGAUGCGGUGAAACGUUGACAGCUGGACCAUCGUAUGCCCUUAUGACUAGUCUCAUUGGUGACGGAACGACCCGAACAAAGGUCGACUUUGUUAAGUGCACAUACUGGAUUCAGGCUCCCGAGAACACAAAGGUUCAAAUCCGCAUUGAUAGCUACGAAGGUUAUUCUGUGGAUGGCUGCAUUUACGGAGGUGUUGAAAUAAAGUCACACCCUGACCAACUAAGAACGGGAUAUAGAUUUUGCUCCAGUAGCGACAUCGGCACAGUCCUUAUCUCCUCUUCGAACCUGCUCCCCGUUAUCACAUUCAAUCGUUAUGGGAGAUCUCGAAUAGGCCUCAGCUAUCGUUAUGUUGGUGAACUUGUUACAAGCGAUGUCAGUGUUGUACAAGUAACAGAUCCGGUACCUCUUGUUACAAAUCCGCCCAUACCGCCACCGACACCGGUCAUCACAGUCCAACCACCUCCGAUCAGGACAGCCCCACCCCCGACUACCACGACCACAAGGCCGAUGGUCAGAUGCGUGGACUUCUAUUAUGAUUGCGGUAUCAUUGCAUUCUUCGGGUACUGUCGCUCUCCAAGUGUACGUAUGCAAUGUUUACGAGCUUGUGGAGUGUGUUGA